CAGCUGAAUAGAAUGUGAGGGAAGUGAACAGAAACAGCAGCUAGAUGAAGCACCAGUGGCCAUGAUAACAGACGAUUUUCAACUAGCCAAGGAAAUGUUCUACCUCAAAAAUAACCUUGUCAUUUUACUGGGAAUGACCAUCAUGCAAUGGGCUCAUCAUCUGAGAAAAUAGAGUGAAAUCUUUGAUGCGGUGACAACCGGGUCACAUAUCAGCAUCCUGAGGAAUUUAUUUUCAUCUCUUUGCUCUGACUUAUUCAGUGGGGAAACCAGCCACAUGUCCAACAUCUGUUGACAAGGGAGAAGACUUGAAAUGCAGCUCAUGUGUUUGAGACAAAACAUUAACACCUGGGUCAGCAUUAUUCUGGGAGUAGUUUUGGCUCUUGUUUUGAUAUCACAAGUGGCUGGAGAUGUACCGUUUCAACAGCAUUAUUACAGAGGUUCCGCGAUAGACUUAAGGGGUUACAUUAAAGGACAGGUAUGGUUUUCUAAGAAAACAAAAUGUCAUACUGCAGAAGAUAAUGGCGAGCAUGCAAAUGAACCGCAACAACCACUUCAACCUGAGCAGUCACAGCAGCCACAAAGUGAACAAACAGAUUACCCUGGAAGUGAACAACCAUAUCAACCUGAAACUGAGCCACCAGAUCAUCCUGAAAGCGAGCACCAAGAUAAACCUUCAUCUGAGCAAUCAAAUCAACCCCCAGAUGGGCAACCAGUUCAGCCUCCUUCUGACCAGCCAGAUGAGUCUAUGGAUGAGCAAAUGGACAAUCCUCCAGAUGCUGAUCAAGAGGAUGAUUUUGCUGAUGAUUCUGAAGAGCCCCAAGGAGAUAGCACAGAUGCAGUUACAAAUGUUCCCUUGCAGCCAGGCUCACAUUUAUGGCCAUAUGAAUGCCCGAAAGGACAUCCAGAGGUAAAAUACCUGAGUGAGACAUGUUCCUCCACCAAUGAUAGUUUAUGCAAACUAUGUGCAGGUGGCACAGUUCUGAUGUGUUGCAGCAAUACAAUAUCAAGAGAAGCUAUAAGAAACGCUCCAGUGGAAACAAUGUAUUUGCAAAUUUUGAAUGGCAGAACUGACCAUAUAUUCCAGAACAUAAUUGUCAGAGCAGUAUAUAUUAAAUUAUUUGAAGCUACAAUUGAAGAAGGUGCAUUCAAGGGCUCAGAGGAUAUUGAAACACUGGAUAUAACAGACAGCCAUUUUGGGCAUAUGAAAAGGAUGGAUCUGAUAUUUGAAGGUCUUCAUAAGCUGAAAGCUCUGUAUUUGGAUAACAAUGGAAUCACAACAUGGGAUACCACCGAUACUGAUGCCAUCAACUCAAAUAAAAGUCUCCAAAUGCUGCCAUCAUUGGAAGUUCUCUCUCUCAAAAGAAAUUUGUUUGAAACUCUAGGGAGAAAUUUCUUUGAAUGGCUGGAAGGCUCCCCAUUGAGAUACCUAAAUCUUGAGGGUUGUAAUAAAAUUGUGAAGAUUGAUCCAGGGGUUCUUAUUCCAGUCAGAGACAGUUUGUGGAUCCUGGAGCUAGCGUAUACCAAUAUGAAUGAGAAUAAUCUGACAAAUAUUCUGUCCUCUAACUUGACAGAGUUGAAAGCACUGGGUUUGAAAUCACUUGGUUUGCAAGAUGUACCAAGAAGUGCACUUGAAAUGGUGAAUGGUUCACUUGAAGUACUUUCACUGCAAGACAACCCUCUAACAUAUGUCUGUAGGAAAUGUGAUCCAACCCAACAUGCUCCACCAGAAAGGCAAAAUGAGAGGAUGCUGCAGGAUGUAUUUCCAUAUAUGCCCAAACUCAGAGAACUUAGUCUUGCAAACUGUGAUAUUACUGUUUUUCCAGAAAAUACCUUUCAUAAUUUAGAAAAUCUGAGAAAACUGUCCAUACACCAAAAUUCAUACAGCAAGUUUGAACAAGGGAUAUUUCAAAAUUUGAAGAAGCUGAAGUACUUGAAUAUGGGCUAUAUUGCAUCAGAGGAGGAUUUGGAAAUAGAUUUUAGAGGCCUUAAUGAACUUGAAGUUCUGGAUGCUAGUCAUACUAGACUUCCAGUGACAGAAUAUACAUUUUGUAACUUACCAAAUUUAAAAGAAUUACAACUUAAAGAAUCAGGAGUACUAACCUAUAACCCAACAGUUUCAAAAUGUUUGACAAAUCUGGAAGUUUUAGAUCUGUCUGGUAACCAAAUACUAUGUGACCACUUUUAUGAAAUAUUCAAUGAAAGCUUGAACCUAACGAAAUUAGGAAUGUCUGACUGUGAGUAUCAUAAUUUGAAGGAAGAAUCAAUUGCUGGGUUUGUAAGAAACCUGAAACAACUAAAAUUUCUUUCUCUUGAAAGAAAUAAGUUCGCUUCCAUACAUGCAUUAAAGUUUAUAGGAGACUUAAAUAACUUGGAAACACUUAAUCUAAAUGGAAACAACUUAGUUUCAUGGGAUAAUGAUGUUUUACCCAGUACUGUAAAGUUGAAAAAUGUAUUUAUUGCCUCAAAUCAAAUUACUAGCAUCAGUAGAGGAAUGAUGAAGGGUUUCUUAACAUUGAACACACUGGAUGCAUCAAACAAUCCAUAUCUCUGUUACUGUAGCUUAAGUGAUUUCAAUAAGUUUGCUCAAUUACUUAGCGAACGAAAGAAAACCUGUGAGAAGUUUUGUGCAAUGACUAAUGGUAUGCAGCAUCAAAAAAAUUCUUCAUGUCUCGAAAAAUGUAGAAAGGAAAGCAAAUAUAACAAAGAUUUACAACAAAUGAUUGAUAAUGUCAAUGGCAGUUAUAAAGCUGAAGAGAUUACGCUGGAAAUUAAAGGGUGGCGUGAAGGAACAUAUCAAUGUUUAGACAAUUCUGGCAGGACAAAUAUUCAGAAUUUUCAGUUUGAAAACUGGCAAUGUUUUCCUAACAGGAUAGGUUACUCAUCACCGGAAGAGCAAAUAAUGGCAACGUGGAAGAUUGUUGUCAUUGUACUGAGCUGUGUCAUAGUACUGAUGCUGGGAGUAUGCUACUGGAAAUGGAAAUACAUAUAUCAGUUUGGUCGAGCAGUACGCAGUGUCACAUUGCUCCGUCUGCUGAAUGAUGAAAAAAAUUGUCCCAAUAAUGGAGAAGUUGGUGCUGGAUCAGCGUUCUCGUAUGACGUAUUUAUAUCAUACAGUGAUCCCAAUAGACAAUGGGUACUUGAAGAGCUGGUGCCAAAUUUUGAGGAAAACUCAGAUCUGAAAGUAUGUCUGCAUGAAAGAGAUUUCCAGGUUGGCUUGAGCAUACUAGAGAACAUUAUCUCAUGCAUGGAUCAGAGCAGAAGUAUCUUGCUGGUCAUCUCACAGGCUUUUCUUCGCAGUCAGUGGUGUCAAUUUGAAUUACAUAUGGCACAACAUCGCUUGCUUGAGACUCGACGUGAGGAUUUGAUUCUUGUUCUCCUCGAGGAGAUACCAACAAGCAGAAGACCCAAAAUGCUGCGUUACCUAAUGCUCACCAAAACUUACAUACAGUGGCCUGGAUAUGAUGCUGGAGCAGAAGAACUCAAAUUGUUCUGGAAGAGACUGCGUCGCGCAGUACUGCUGCCACGUGUGAUUCAAAUUCAAGAUGCACAGGCUUGAGAUGACAGCCGAAAAGAAGGAGACAGAUUGGAGUGCAGCUGGUUUUGGGAAGGCUUGUCAGCCCAGAAAAGGAGAUAGAUUAAAAUUUGAUUGAUUUCUGGAGAGAUUUUAUUUGUACUUCAUGAGGUGCAGUUAGAUUAGAAUGUGAUACUGCAUAAGUGAAAUGUUGAAGCAAGAUGUUAUAUUUUUAUGGUAGUUAAUACUAAUCAAUUAACUCCAUUUUGAGUUAAUGUCUAGCUAUGUAACUUUCUGAAGCAUUACUGAAUAAUUAAUGUAUUGAAGAAUAUUUCCAAAUUAGAAAUGUUGGUAAAAGGAACAGUAAUGCCAUUUGCAAUAUUGAAAGCAGCAGAGUGACAUAGUAAACACACCAAUGAGAGCACUUGUACAGAAGCACAGUGAAUUACGUUUGAGGAAAAAAAGAACAUAGUAACUAUAUUAUUUGAUGAAGUGAGUUUUAAUUCGUUAAGAGCAGUACAUAUUCUUCCCGUCUACCCUGAAGAUCAUUCAUUGCUAUUCUGCAUGAUGCUUUUCAGGCUGUUGUUUUCAUGAUGACAGUGAAAUUAUUGUCAAGUGCCAAAUGCAUAAUGGAAAAUCAACAAUUAUGGAAAGGCUAGAGUGCUACUCAUUGUAAUGAUGACAUGAUGGAUUUCUGAUGGGCACAGUGAAAUGACUGUUACAUUAAGCUUUCAGCCAAAGCCUUCUUAAGAAAAGAGAAACUCACAUAAAUUCAAACAAGUAAUCACACCUCACACAUGACUGCUAUCUCUCGCUGCUCUGGUCUUUGAGCAGCCAAGACAGCAGUCAUGUGUGUGUGUGUGUGUGUGAGAGAGAGAGAGAGAGAGAGAGAGAGAGAGAGAGAGAGAGAGAGAGGGGGGGGGGGGGGGGGGGGCGGCUUGCUUGUGUGAAUGCAUGUGAGAUUUUCUGAAAUCUUAGUGUGUAACAGUCUCUUUGUUGUGCCUGCCUGCAGCACACUGUGUCAUCUUUAUGGUGAGUUGCAUUGAGUCCUUUCCAAAUUGUUGAUAUUACAGCCUAGACUUAUCACUGUUUGGAAAAGCGUAAUGAAUCUUUUCUGUUGACUGUGCGAUAUGUACUACACUAAUUUCCAUUGUCAGCAUUAGUUACAUUUUCAUGGCUCUGUUGUCGUGCUUACAUAUCUGAACUAUUCUCCUCUCUUCAUUUAGAGAAUGUGCUUUUUAAAUAAUGGAAACAGUAAAAUAAUAAGUUUCCAUAUAUUUGAGGCUUGGAAUCAUUCAUAGGCACAUAAACUAUGCUGAGAACAUUGCUGAAUGUUUGAAUUAUCGCUCAGCAAAGUUUUCAGUCAUCAUAUGACAAUCAAAGACAAUGCCUCAACUACAAGGCGAGUGGUUAAUAUAAUUCUUUCAACCAAGUACUACCCAUUAGCAUAGCAAUAUGAUUUUUGAUUUACAACAACACAGCUCACAGACGAGAAAAAUAUCCUUUGUAAGUGUUUACAAUAGUAUACUUACAAUAUUUAUUAACAGUGAUGUGUAUUUUAUUUGUGAUCUGUCACUGUCACACAGUAUACUAUACUGAGUACAAAUAUUUUAUUGCAUAAGUACUUGAAACAAUGUGCUACUGUUUUGAUGCUACAUAUGAAUAUCACUGAAAGAACAAAAUAAAUUAUGCUGAGCAAUAUUA